GUUUGGUCGAGGUCGGAAAGGGAAGCACCACCACUGGCGAGUGCACUAGAAGCAUCAGAACGACAAGCCUUCGCCGUCGAUGGGAUCCAUGCUACGUGCCCUUGUUCUGCCCGUUCUUCUCGCGGGCCUAUCUGCGGAUGCCGCCCCCGCUCGAGUGUCGGUGGACACGAGCUUGGAACUCCCUUGGUUCAAAUAUGAAGGGGACUCACACUUCGAGUUUGGUGAGUUGCUUGGAAAGCAAUUCCGCGACGCGAUUUCAACUCGCUUGCGCUUGAGUUCCCAGCUGCAUACGGUGCUCCUUCCCUUCUACAACACCCCGUUGGGGAAGACCACGUACGACAAGUACCUUGCAACGCACAACAAGACGUUCCCGAGUUACGUGGAAGAGCUCGAGGGGAUUUCCGCUGGCAGUGGCGAGCCUUUCUCGACCUUGUUUUUGAUCAACCUGAUCGAAGAAUUCGGCCAGUCGAUUCCCCGCCCGAAUGCGUUUCAGUGCCAACUUCACUGCUCCGACCUGGUCUUGCACACGUCGAACCUCUGCGUCGUCGGUCACAACGAAGACAGUGGUGCCGGGGACGUCAAUCACACCGCGUUGGUCACAGCCAAGAUCAAGGGCGAGCCUUGGUUCACUGCGUACACGUAUCUCGGUGACCUGCCGACGGGGGCGUUUGGGGCCAACGAGCAUGGCGUCGCCUUCUCCUUGAACUAUGUCGAACCGCUCGACAUUGACGUCGGCGGCCUCGGUCGAGGCUUCGUUUCUCGCGAUGUCUUGGGCUCUACGUCCUUGGAUGAUGCCAUCGCACGCAUUACGCGACCCGGGCAGGCGUCGGGGCAUAACAUCCAGAUCAUGCAUAUUCCAUCUUCACGAGUAUUUAACAUUGAAGUGGCAUCGUUCAAUCGCUCCAACGUCCGCGAGAUCUUGGUCGGAGACCCGCCCUUCUUCCACACGAACCAGUACCAGUCGAUGCUCAUCCGCCAACCUGCGAGCCCCAGCAGCUACCACCGCUUGCGUCGUUACUCCCAUGUAGUCCCUCCCACUUCUGUCUCAACUACCUUGGCUCUCCUGGGGGAUCAAGGGGACAAGUCGUAUCCAAUCUUCCACGACGACAAGUCCCAUGUGAAUGGCGAAUUGUCCAACUGGACGCUGAUCACGGCACUGUUCGACGUCAAGAACGGCGUGCUGUAUCUACUCCAUCCUCGCGUGAACCCUAGCCAGGCCCGCGUCGCGAUGGUCGUCGACUUGUUUGACGUGCAGCGAGUCACUUUGCUGCACACCGCGCCUGAACAAGGCACAGCGCAAGCCAACAUGCUGGCCGCCAAGCCUCGAUCGUAGGGAUUCAACGACACGACUGCAUGCCGACCGACGUGGAUACGUUGGGUUCCCUUCCACGCUGUUGGGGCGGACAGGGCAACAAGCAACUAAUCCAUGUCGAAUAUAAAGUGAGGUCGUAGCUUGA